AUGAACAAAGUGCUGGAGACGGUGAACGGGCUGCAGAAUCUGCAGCAGACGCACGAGACCAAGAGCCAAUUUCUGCCAGUGAAGCUGCGGCCCAACGAGCCGUCAUGCAAGCCGCUGUUCGCUGACCUGACGAAGACGCAGAUGGUGCUGCUGAGGGUGAAGCGCAGUAAGAGGAAGCGGGCAGCAACAGUGGCUGAGGAGAAGAAGGAGGAGAACAAUGACGAGACGGAGGCAAUUGCAGCCGAUGGUUCGAGGAUUAAGGCAGAGGUGGUGGGGCUCGUCAAGGAGAAGUAUGUGUGCGAAGGCAUGGCCGACUUCCAGUACUUCACGUCUCGGUCGUUCUACCCGACGUUGAAGCCCGAGAAAGAUGCGCUUACGGUGGUGGCGAAUGCGACGGACGCAGUGGAGACGGCGGUGAUGAAUAGUGCAGUGGUGGAGAACGGUCCGUUGUCGAGACCGUCCGUGAAACAGAGAGAACUGCAAGACUGCUUGCGGCCGUAUCUGGCGGUGGAGAAUGAAACGCAGUUGGAGCUGAUUCCCGAGGUGUUCUCCAAGGUGGACUUGCCGCUGAAGUACGAGUUCCGGCAGAGAUCGGGCUACCAGCCCACGACAGCAGCGAAGAAACCGUCGAGUACCAUGACGUAUCUGAACUUCCAUGAUGAUACUCCAGCCCCCGCCGGACCGAAGCCUGAGCAGCCUGUAGUGCGACGAAGAUCGGUUGGAGUGGAUGAUAACGGUGUUGAUGCUCACGUCAUGGAAGUCUUGCAGAACAAGCUGAAGCAGAAGCCAGUGUGGCUUCGGUCCAAGCUGUUCGACGGGCUGGACGCAAUUGAGCGCCGAGCAGCAAGGCGACUGCUGCGCAAACUUUGCUACGUGUUUGUCGAUGGUCCAUGGCGAGGUUCGUGGAUCAAAAUGGGCUACGACCCGCGAUUACCUGAAGUAUCAGAGACCGCCUCGCAAUACCAAGUCGUGGAACUGCGAAAUAAUCGCGAACUUGUGCAUUCGAAGGUGACGCAUGCCAGCAGGAAGCGUAUCAAGAAAUUUGUAGGCGCCAGCUCAGGCAAUGCGAAUGGAGAAGGUGGACCUGUCAAGGGGCCGAGGAUUGUCAAGGUGACACAGACGUCAGCUCUCGAGAACGCUCAAGCGAGUAAGCGUCGUCGGAAGGAGCGGUUUACUCGGGGUGAAACGCGGCGCUCGUAUCUUGUGGAGCCCAAUAUGCCGGGCAAUCCGUCUGCAACGCCGGCAUCAGGCUCGCAGCCCCCUCGAGCAAGCCCCACCGCAUCAUCGGCGAAUUCAGGGAAUGAAUGGGACUCUGAAGACGAGCAGGAGGAGAGAGAAAACGAAGAUGCUCACAAGGUGUUUGAAAUCUUCGGCGUGCAGUUGACGAGCGCUAACGUACUCUUCCAGCUCGAGGAGAUCGACGAUGAGGAGGUGCGGGAGUGGACGGCUCAGUUCACAAGGCAGACCACGCCGUCGCUGCUGGGUGGGUGGUAUCCGACUCAGAUGUUCCUGCCGCUGCGCGAGAUCAUCCGGUUACGCAUCGCGGCGAUGGUUGGCCGCUCCAAGGCCGAGCUCGAGACAAGGCGCAAGCGACUCGAUGCACUCAAGAAGCAGGCACUCAGCGAUUACGCCGAGGAGCUUGCUGGCGCUAGGCGUUCGUCCAGCAGCAAGCAAAAAUCCACCGCAGGCGCGGCGUCGGCUAGGAAAAGGGCGGAAGCUGCUGCGGAGGAAGAAGAAGAAGAGGACGAGGAGCUGGCGUUCGAACGAUCGCUUAUCCAAGAGCGGAACGCGGCGGCAUCCAACGUCGAGAAGCUCUCAGCGGGUGCAGAGGCUGACAAGAGCGCAGAAGACGAGGAUGAAGAGGACCUGGACUUGCAGGAGGAAGAGGACGGCGACAACGACAACAGCAGCGCCGGCCGUUCUCGCGCCACGUACGACGAAGACGAGGACAUCGAUGACGACGAAGAGGACGAAGAGCAGGAACAGGCAGCGGCAGACAAGCAGCAGAAGAGUAAAGGCACUUUCGCCGCCGAGCCUGAGCCUGCCAGGAAGAAGUCGGCUGAGUUCUCCUUCUAG